GAAAUGUUGUCUUCGAUCGGAACAUACAUUUGGGGCAGCUCGAGCUAUGAAAGCCCCCUUUCUGAGGUCACUUUUACCAUCAAUGGCAAGGCGUACACUGCACAAGCGGCAACUGUUCCCCUAACCACGUCCCUCAGCACGUUCAUUCGCACCACUGCCCACCUUACCGGGACCAAGACGAUGUGUUUGGAGGGAGGAUGUGGCGUUUGUAUCGUGAACAUGUCCGGAGUGCAUCCCUUCACCAAGGAAACUCGCAGCUGGUCAGUGAAUUCGUGUUUGUUUCCCGUUUUCGCCUGCCAUGGGUUCGACAUCAAAACGGCCGAAGCCAUCGGUAACAAGACGGACGGUUACCAUCCAACCCAGGAACGGUUGGCUCAGAAGAACGGGACCCAGUGUGGCUUCUGUUCACCCGGGAUGGUGAUGUCGAUGUACAGUUUGAUGGAGGCGAAGCGCGGUUCCGUGACGAUGGAACAGGUCGAGAAUGCGCUCGGUGGCAACAUCUGUCGCUGCACUGGCUAUCGGCCGAUCUUAGACGCGUUCAAAUCGUUGGCGGUGGAUGCGGAUGGUGCGAUGGUACAGGACAUUGAAGAACUGCAGAUUUGUCCGAAAACUGGUUCACUUUGCUCGGGACAGUGUCCUGUGGCGGCUGCGCGAAUUGAACCGGAACGUCCGGUGCAGCUCGUGUUCGCCGAUAACCAAGAGUGGCACAAGGUGUUCACGGUGAACGAUGUGUUUGCGAUCUUUGACCAGAUUGGCUCGAGACCCUACAUGCUGGUCGGCGGGAACACGGCCCAUGGUGUUUAUCGUCGCGAUGAAUCGCUGGAGGUGUUUAUCGACAUAAACAACGUGACGGAGCUUCGCAGUUACUAUCACACCGCAACCGAAUUGCUCAUCGGGGCGAACGUUAACCUGAGCGAAUUUAUCGAAAUCCUUACAAAGGCGGCCAGCAAUCGUCCGACCUACGAGUACUGCCGGGAACUGGCGCAGCAUCUCGAUCUAGUUGCUCACCCGGCGGUGCGUAACGUUGGUUCGAUCGCUGGAAAUCUGAGCAUCAAAAACCAACAUCCAGAGUUUCCCUCGGAUGUGUAUCUGCUGCUGGAAGCGGUCGGUGCCAAGUUGAGCGUAGCCGAAACACGCAUCAGAACGACCCCGAUGACGGCACAGGAGUUUGUCCGGCGAAGCUUGCACAAGAAGGUCCUGAAAAGCAUCUCGCUGCCACCGAUCGAUCCGAGUGCGAGUGCCUUCCGAUCGUACAAGAUCAUGCCACGGGCACAAAACUGCCACGCCUACGUUAACGCCGCCUUUUUGGUGCAGUUCAGCGACGAUCGAAGAACGGUCCAUUUGGCAACCCUUUGCUUCGGUGGAAUAAAACCCAAAUUCACGCAUGCAACGGAAACGGAACAGUUUCUCGUGGGCAGGAAACUGUUUGACGACGCCACACUGAAGGAAACUUUCGAAAAGCUGACUGGCGAGCUGGAACCAGACUGGGUGCUGCCGGAUGCUUCCUCGGAGUACCGCAAACAGGCAGCAAUCGCCCUCUUCUAUCGGUAUGUGUUGAGCUUGGCCCAGAAGCACGAUGUUGCCAUCAAUCACCGGUUCGCGUCCGGUGCGUCUGUCCUGAAGCGACCCCUUUCGUCCGGAGUGCAAAAAUUCGAAACGAAUGAAAAGAACUGGCCACUUACGCAAAACAUACCCAAGCUGGAGGGCCAUGCGCAGGCUUCCGGUGAGGCCAAGUUCACAAACGAUAUGCCACCGAUCCAUGGGGAACUGCACGCGGCGUUUGUAGUGGCAACUCGAGCGAAUAGCAAGAUCGGUCUGAUCGAUCCGGCCGAUGCGUUGAAAUUGCCCGGGGUCGUGGCGUUCUACUCCGCGAAGGACAUUCCCGGGACGAACAACUUCAUGUCCGAUGCGAUGAUACCGUUUUUCCCGGAUGUGGAGGAAAUAUUUUGCAGUGGCAUGGUACUGUACCAUGGCCAACCGGUCGGUGUAAUCGUGGCCGAAAGGUUCGAUAUCGCUAACCGCGCCGCCAAACUAGUGAAAAUCAUCUACGAACGUGUAUCGAACGAGCCCAUCUAUCCGACCAUCAAAGCGUUACUCCAGAACCAACCAAAACAACGUAUCGUGGAUCAACCGGCAGCCAGUGGCCGGGAUACGGGUUCAACGGUGGGCGUAGAGGUAGCGAACACGAUUCGUGGACGGCUCGAGCUGGAAGGACAGUAUCACUUCACGAUGGAGACGCAAACCUGCGUCUGCGUACCGAUCGAGGACGGGAUGGAUGUGCAUGCCGCAACGCAGUGGAUCGAUCUGUGUCAGGUAGCGAUCGCUUCGAUGUUGAAGGUGCCCGAGAACAGUCUCAACUUUACCGUGCGCCGGCUGGGAUCCGGUUACGGAUCCAAGCUGACCCGUUCAUCACAGAUCGCGUGCGCUUGUGCACUGGCCGCCCAUCUCACCCGGCGCCCGGUACGUUUUGUGAUGACGCUCGAGGCAAACAUGGGUUCGAUUGGCAAGCGGUACGGUUGCAUCAGCAACUAUCAGCUCGAUGUCGACGCGAAGGGCAAAAUUCUCCGCUUGACCAACAACUUCAUGCAGGAUUACGGUAGCAAUCUGAACGAAAACAUCGUCGACGAUGCAAAGAAAACGUUUGGACUGUCGUACAACUCGAGCUCGUGGGUGGUGGAGGGUAAAGCGGUGCUUACCGAUUCCCCUGCCAACACCUGGAUGCGAGGACCGGGGACGACCGAGGGUAUGGCAAUGAUCGAAACCAUCAUGGAGCAUAUCGCCUGGGAAACGGGGGUCGAUCCGAUGGACGUUCGGUUGCUGAACAUGCAGGAAAGCAACGAGCUUCGGCAGCUGUUGCCAGAGUUUCGCCAGGACGUUGGUUACGAUCAGCGCCGGAAGUCGGUCGAUGACUUUAAUGCAGCGAAUCGUUGGAAGAAACGGGGCAUUGCCAUAACGACGAUGCAGUAUCCUUUGUUUUACUUCGGUGGUCUGCAUGUAGUGGUGUCUGUUUACGGGAAGGAUGGUUCCGUAGCGAUUACCCACGGAGGGAUCGAAGUAGGUCAGGGUAUCAAUACAAAAGCGGCACAGGUGGCUGCGUACACGCUCGGUUUGCCGCUGAAGAAGAUUGCCAUGAAACCGAGCAGCAAUCUGACGUCACCAAACACCGUGAUGACGGGCGCAUCGAUGACGAGUGAAGUCGUUUGCUUUGCUGUCAAGCGUGCAUGCGAGAUGUUGAACGAAAGAAUCAAACCGAUCCGGGACGAGUUCAAGGAUGCAUCGUGGGAAAAAAUCACCCAAAUAUGCUACACGCGGGACAUUGACCUGAGCGCGAUGUAUCACUACAAAAGCUCCGAACUCAAGCCGUAUACCAUCUUGGGGGCUUGUUGUGGCGAAGUGGAGAUCGAUCUACUGACGGGAAACAUUCAGCUGCUUCGUGUCGAUAUCCUUGAGGAUACGGGUGAAAGUAUGAGCCCCGGUGUUGAUGUUGGACAGAUCGAAGGUGCAUUUAUUAUGGGUGUUGGUUACUGGCUAUCGGAAGCUCUCGUGUACGAUAUGUCCAGUGGGGCACUGCUCACCACUAGGACGUGGAACUACAAACCACCCGGCGCGAAAGACAUCCCGGUGGACUUCCGGGUACGCAUGGUACAAACCAGAGACAACCAGGUAGGAGUGUUGCGCUCGAAGGCAACCGGUGAACCGGCCCUGACCAUGAGCAUUGUCGUGCUGUUUGCCAUGCGCUACGCUCUGAGGUCAGCGCAGAAGGAUGCAGGCCGUCCGGACACUUGGAUUCCGCUCGGAUCUGCCACAACACCGGAGCAAACGUUCCUCAAAUCAUUCAAUUCGAUCGAUCAGUACCGAUUGAAUUAGUACCUCCGAGUUAGAAUGACGGCAGUUUGGAACAAGAGUAACAUACAACUCCUCAAUAAAGCAAGGUCGUGAGAGGGCUUCAGGGUUAAGUGGGGGACCGUGUUGCCGUCUU